CGCCCACCAAAGGGAGGUGACAGCUCCCGUAAGGUGGAGGUAAGUCGUGCCUCGCGUAGGCCCUAUCCUGUCGUAGGGGUUCGGGAGAGGUAUGGCUGGCGCACUCGGCCAGAGCGGCCUAAGGAAACUCCACUUAUGUGUUUGUGAGAAGGAUUUAAACCAACUCCUGCGUGACGCGGCCGGGAGGGUUCCGCGCUGCCGUGUCGCGUGUUGGUCAGUGGGAGGAGGAGGAGGAGGAGAAGUACAGCAGGAGGACGACGACGGGGAGGAGAAGGAGGAGGAGGAGGAGGAGGAGGAGGAGGAAGUACAAGAGGAGGACAACGACGACAGGGAGGAGGAGAAGGAGGAGGAGGAGGAGGAAGUACAGGAGGAGGACAAUGAUGGGGAGGAGGAGGAGAAAAUACAGGAGGAAGACGACGACGACGGGGAGGAGGAGGAGGAGAAAGAGCAGGAAAGGAAGGACAAGGAGGACGAGGAGGACGAGGAGGAGGGGGCUGAACACCUACCACGACGAUGACGUGCUCCCUGCGAGGUUGAAUCGACGUCAAUGAUGGCGUCCGCUGCGCGGUUAGGAGUUGUGGGGAUACACACACACACCUGGCCGAUUCGAAUUCGAACGCGGGGCCAGGUUACCCCCAUCCACCAGGCCGCCCGCCCAAACCCGCCCCAGGGCCCCCCACCUGCCCCCCAUAUCCUUCCCAGGGCCGGUAACGCCCGUUGGGCGAACGUGUUCGUAGGCCUUGGAAAGGCGUUCAUGCGAAUACGUUCACUUCCCGUUCGGGCGAACGGCUGAACGUGUUCGGACGUUCAAAAAACUUUCGAACACAUUCGAUGUGCUACGCAGGCUCAAGGUUAUAAAGGAUAUCAUCCAUCCAGCCCCAACCAGGUUUAUUAGAAGAAGGAAUAUUCAAGACAAUAUCCUGUUAAUCAAUGAAUUGGUCAAAGUUUC